UGCCCAUCUCAGUCGUCUCUUAUCGCCAUCAUCCCCCACCAUUGCCCCUCCAACAGCGCACGACAGCCGUUAACAGUACGACGACCGAGCAACACCAGACACCAUGGCCGACAUGAAGGAUGGCGCGUUUCGCCACGACAAUAUGGACGUCCCCAAGGGUGAUCGAGUGAUGCCCCUAUUCUCGCUCAAGGGACGAACGGCUAUUGUCUCUGGCGCCGGCGCCGGCAUCGGCCUGGCCGUCGCCCAGGCCUACGCUGAGGCGGGCGCCAACGUUGCGAUUUGGUACAACAGCAACAAGCAGGCACUGGCCGAGGCGGAGAACAUUGAGAAGACGUACGGCGUCAAGUGCAAGGCGUACCAGGUGGACGUCGUCUCCGCCGAAGCUGUCGACCGGGCCAUCAACGAGAUCGUAGCCGAGUUCAACGGCCGGCUGGACAUCUUUGUGGCCAACUCGGGCAUCGCGUGGUCAGACGGCGCCUUUAUCGACGGACCCGUCGAAACAGCCAGGAAGGUCAUGGCCGUCAACGUCGACGGCGUCAUGUGGUGCGCCAAGAGCGCGGGCGCGCACUUCCGCCGGCAAAAGAAGGAGGGCAAGACGCUCGACGGCAAGCCCCUGGACAACUUUGUCGCGGGCAGCUUCAUUGCGACGGCGUCGAUGAGCGGCAGCAUCGUCAACAUCCCGCAGCUGCAGGCCGUGUACAACGGCUCCAAGGCGGCCGUCAUUCACUUUUGCAAGAGCUUGGCCGUCGAGUGGACGGGCUUUGCGCGCGUCAAUACGGUGUCUCCUGGGUACAUCCAGACCGAGAUUUCGCACUUUGCUUCGCCCGAGGUCAAGAAGCAGUGGAAGAACAAGACGCCCAUGGGCCGAGAGGGCCAAGUCGGCGAGCUCAAGGGCGCAUACCUGUACCUGGCGAGCGACGCGGCGUCGUAUACAACGGGACUCGACAUGAUCGUGGACGGCGGCUACUGCCUGCCGUGAGCGAUUGAAGUCGGUCGCAUCGAGAGGGACUGGACUAGAAUGACGAAUUACGACGGAUGGCCGGUCGGUCGGAUAGAUGGUUGAAUUGGAUAUGAUUGCAUAGAGCAGGCUCAGAAUACUAUACCCACUCUGCCGUCGUCGCCG